CUUUUUAUUACUGGGAUCGGUCAUUGAAAACUGUCAUUUUGUUAGGAGUUGGUUUCAAUUUAAUAUUUGAAAACAGGCUUUAGCAAUGGCUGCUUCAAAAAAGGAAGCAUUGCUGUUGUGUUUAGAUGUUGGAACUGGAAUGAAAGAUUCAACAAACAAUCAAUCAACUUCACUUGAUCUUUGCAUUCAUGUUAUAUCUACUCUUGUACAACGCAAAAUAUUUUCACAAUCCAAAGAUGAAGUGAGUUUAGUUUUAUUCGGAACAAACGAAACAUCGAAUCCAUUAAACCAAGAAGAUGAAGAAAGUUAUCAAAAUAUUUCGAUCGCGUUUUCAUUGGGUUGCCCAAACUUUGAACUUCUACAUUACUUGUCCAAUGACCUGAAACCUGGAGUGUUGGAGACAGAUUUUGUUGACGCACUCACUGUUAGUUUGGAUCAUCUGCAUAAAGAAACAAGAUAUAAGAAAAUAAGUUCGUGUCGAAUUGUUCUUUUCACCAACUUCUGCCACCCCACCAGUGAUGAGAACUUGGAUGGAAUAAUUGGUGGUUUCAACACAGAUGGGAUGAAUGUGCAGUUGGAUGUUAUUUCUUCAUUUACAAUAAACAAGCUCCUUUCAAAUGAGGACGACAACCCGUCGCAUAGUGGUGAUGACCAACCUGGUACUUCAACUCAUAGAAGGCCUGAUCGAGGGGAAUUACCAUGUGGGGAGAAACCUAAGUCAGCCAACCAGCAAGCAGGAGAAGGAAUCAUAACAAGGAUGCAUAGGGGAGGUGUGCAGGGGGAUUGCUAUACAUUGAGGGAAGCAGUAAAAGCUGUGAUGGGAUUCGAGAAAUGUUCCGUCCGUUCAGCCAAAUGGAAAUGCAAUUUAACACUAGGAUCCCAUCUUUCUAUACCCUGUUGUGCUUAUAUUAAAACUAAGGAGGCGAAACUUAAACAAACGUGGAAAAAAUGCCAUGCUAAAACACACAAGAAAGAAGACAUUACGUCGAAUAUCUUUUAUUAUAUCGAUGAUGAUGAAAAAACGGAAGUUACCAAAGAAAAUUUAGGAAAAGGAUACAAAUACGGCAAAGACAUCAUAACGUUCGGGACUGAAGACGAAAAACAGAUGAAGUUCGCUGCUUGUGAUAAAUGUUUGUCAAUACUUGGGUUCACGGACAUGAGAAAUGUUCAUGUGAUUCAUCAUAUGGAUGACCAAGCUCAUGUCGUGAUACCUGAGGCUGGAGAUGAGCAUGCAGGAACUGCAUUAUCAGCAUUAUGCACAGCGAUGGUGAAACAAAACUUGUGCGCCGUUGCCUGCCAUGUAUAUCGUAAAGGCUCCAAUCCUAAACUAGUAGCGUUGCUUCCAAAGGUUAAACUUGGUUCACAUUAUCUUGUGAUGGUUAGCUUGCCGUUCGCUGAAGAUGUACGUCCAUUGUCAUUCGAAUCUUUAUUCUCGGGGAAAAAUAAACAACCGAGUGAAGAACAACUUCAACUUGCUGAGGAUUUAAUUUCAUCCAUGGAUUUUACUCAAUCUGAAGAUGGGAUCUUCAAAGCAAAAGAAAAAAUGAAUCCAACAUUUCAAAGAACGUUCCAAUGUUUAGACCACAGGUUGAAGCACCCUGAUAGUAAACUACCCGACCUAAAUCAACUUAUAAAUGAUUCAGUCUCAAUAUCGCACCCAACGAGCGUGGAAACUUUACUUGAUAAAAUUAACGAAAAGUUCCCGGUGAUUUUAAACAAGAAACCCCAGACUUCACAUGAAGCGUGGAUUAACAAUAAAUCAGAUGUUGCUGACCCAGAUAAAGAAGAAAAACCUGGUGUUUCAGUAUCCGCUCAUAUAAGAAACGAGCAAACCACAAGCAUAGGAACCGUAACCACUGAUCAGGAUUUUGUGGAAAUUUUACAAAAUGGAAGUUUGCCUAGCAACGAGGCCUUCGAUCAAAUGGAGCAACGGAUUAAAGAAUUUGUUUCUGAUUCCUUUGUUGAAGUUUUGAAAUAUAAAAUAUUGAAAUGUUUGGUGACUUUUAUGGAACAAACUAACAAGAUGAAUGCAACAGAUCGUAGCAAGAGAUUUAUGAAUAAAAUAAAACAAAUUGUUCUCGCCACAAACCCUACUUUAUGGAACUUCUUGAAAGAGAAUGGAAUACAAGAUGAUAGUGACUCUAGUGAUGAUGAGAUGAUGACGUCAGAUCGCGUGAUUGGUGAUGAAGCUGAUGCAUUGUUGGAUAUGAUGGAAUAAAUAGCAUUGUUGACCAAACAAUUAAACUUCACAAAAUUUGCUUUCUUUGAGAUCACAAAACGGAGGAAUCUCUUUAUAAAUAAACCUGGCCAGAACAACAUAUACAGUAGGGUGGGGAAGAUGGAACAUAAAAGAAUUAUAAAACCCUAACCUCACGACUCCCAUAGACCGUUGUUAAUUGUUCAAACACGAUCAGGAUAUUUGGAUAUUAUGUGCUAAAGGUGUCCCUUCCCCCACCCUACAGUACAUUAAACAUUGUUUUUUUGUUUUUUUCUACCUUUAAAAACUUACUGUAUAUGUUUAUUUAAUCAAAUAAAUGUUAGUUUAUUUAGUAGCUUAUGAUUGCAAUUUGUGUGUUUUAAUAAGGU